ACUCAACCCUUUCUGCUCAGUUCGGUUUCGUAUUUCAGCUCGUCCACAUCGUUUGGGCGAGCACGCGGUUCAUGCGGUUGUGUAAUCUGCCCAGUCAGCUCCAGAGCACUAAAAUCUUAUUCUAGCCAGCAUUCUUGAAGUGGAAUAGUUGUGGUGCCAUCGGACAAAUUUGGACUGAUAUAAAUUUGCAUAAUUUAGAAGAUUGGCCUCGCAGGUGGAUGUUAUGCAACCCGAUGCGAUCGUGCAAAGAUUAUAAAAAAAAAGUUUUGACAGCCAAUCAUCAUGAUAGUUCUAGUGCUGAGCAGCAUUCUUAUCAUCACCUUCAUCAGUUGGUUAUUGAAGCAACUUCGUAGACCACCAAAUUACCCACCAGGGCCCCAAUGGCUUCCCCUUGUCGGUAAUACGCCGUUCGUUCGCAAAUUGGCUCGCGCCAGCGGUGGUCAACAUUUGGCAUUUGAAGCACUUUCCAAGCAGUAUAAUAGCCCCGUUAUAGGGCUAAAACUAGGCCAGGAAUACGUAGUUGUUGCCCUGCAGUACCCUGCCGUUCGAGAGGUUCACAGCAAAGAAGAGUUCGACGGUCGACCGGACAAUUUCUUCCUCCGAUUGAGAACCAUGGGAACAAGAUUAGGAGUUACUUGUACAGAUGGUCCAUUCUGGGUAGAACACAGGAACUUCGUUGUACGGCAUCUACGUCAAGCGGGCUAUGGGAGACAACCGAUGCAGCUGCAAAUACAAAAUGAGCUCAACGAGCUGACUGGAAUCAUCAGAGAUUUGAAAGGAAAUCCUGUGUGGCCUGGCAGUAUACUUCCAACGAGUGUAAUAAACGUACUGUGGACUUUCACCACGGGAUCAAGGAUUGCAAGAGAUGACCAACGACUCGCAAGAUUGCUGAAACUGCUUCAGGACAGAUCGAAGGCAUUCGACAUGUCCGGAGGCAUACUGAGUCAAUUGCCUUGGCUUCGUCAUAUAGCGCCGGAAUGGACCGGAUACAACCUUCUCAAACAGUUCAAUCAAGAAUUACAUGAGUUCUUCAUGAUAACUAUCAAAAAACAUCAUCAGGAGUACAACGAAGAGAAAUGUUCGGAUGACUUGAUCUACGCGUUUAUCAAAGAAAUGAAUGAUCGAAAAGAUGCCUCAAGCUCCACGUUUACGGAUCUACAGUUGACAAUGAUCAUACUUGAUAUUUUCAUUGCAGGAUCUCAGACCACCAGUAUUACCAUUGAUUUAGCAUUCAUGAUUCUGGCAAUGAAACCUGACAUCCAGAAAAAGAUUCACACUGAAAUCGAUGAACAUUUGCAUCAAGAUGAAAUGCCUCAGCAAAACGAUCGAACAAGCUUACCCUAUACGGAAGCAUUCUUGUUAGAAGUUCAGAGAUUUUUCCACAUCGUCCCCGUUAGUGGUCCCAGAAGAGCGCUUUCAGAUUGCACCCUGGGAGGCUAUCAAAUACCCAAAAACACCACAAUUUUAAUGGGAUUACGUACAGUUCAUAUGGACCCGGAACAUUGGGGCGAUCCGGAAAACUUCAGACCUGAACGAUUCAUCAGUUCAGAUGGAAAGAUAAUCAACGUCGAACGUCUGAUUCCAUUUGGACUGGGCAGAAGACGCUGCCUCGGUGAAUCUUUGGCACGAGCCUGCAUGUUCACAUUCCUUGUUGGGAUACUACAGAAAUUCACUCUCCGACAGCCCGAUAACUGCAUCGAUAAGCCAAGUCUGAAACUGCUCCCGGGAAUCACGCUCUCGCCGAAACCAUACCAAGUGGUGUUUGAACCAAGAUGAACCAGACCGCUAUUGCCGUGGCUAUUGCGCAUGUGCAACAGUGACAUCAAUGCAGGCAUUGCAGCGAACUGGAUUUUUCACUAGGCUGAUUGAAACAUGUUUUUGCUGCUCAUACCUUUGUGAUGAAUAUUUCGCGUUGGCUUCUAAUUUCACGUUAGAAUAUACAGUUUUCGGUUAUAAAAUUUAUGCAUAUGAAAGCCUACAUAGUUAUAUGCGUUAUGAUUUUUUUCUUUUACUCUAGAAGCGACAAUAAUCGAGAAACUUAAAAGCUCAUGCGAAAUAUGGAAUCGUGGUUCGGACGCAAAGUGGUGUAAGUGAGAAAAUCUUAGUUUAUAAAAAAACAAGCUGCAAAGAUGUUAGAUAUUUAUUACUUCAUACGAAUUUUAUAGAAGCCUUAUAAUUAAUAAUUAAUUGCUCAUUUCCCACUCAUUUUUUGCCAAAAUAUGCCUUACAUCCUUUUGCAAAUAUGAAAUGUCGAAAAUAAAAAUAACUGCAAAAAAAAUGUGCCAUCCGAGAUAUCCGAAUGAUUAAUUAAACGAUUUUCGAAUUCUUCGAAUUCUUCUACUUGACAACUUGAAUUACAACUUUCCUAUGGUAUCCGGAAUUUUUUUUAAUGGUAUAUCAAACGGAUUUUCAAUAAAAAUCUAAUUCUGAAUGAAGUCUUAAAGUUUCUUAAACAAAUCUCUUCACUUUUUACCAUAUUCCACGUUUCUAAACACCGGGACUCAACCUUAAGUAUGCCUCCGAGCCCAUCUGUCACAGUUGAGCUCCCGCUCCCUAUUAAGGUUUGAAAUCUUAAAUGAUUUCGGAUUUCGUGACGGUUCCCAGUUUGAAAUUUUCAUGUUGCCCCCUGCAUCCGAGCCUUCUCCUUAGACGUAGUUUACGUCAAAGGCUAGUGCGCUGCUGAAAAGUACUGUGCAAAUUGAUAGGAUACGGAAUGCUCACGGAAUGAUUCCGGAACUGAUAAGUAGAGAAAAUUUCGUAACGCUAAUAACGCCUGCUGGGUAAAGUAAAUGGAGCUGUCACAUUCCCUUACGGAAAAAUAUUCCGUACAGAAAAGUGACAUUACACCCAUACUGAAUCAGCUGUCAAAUUUACCUUGGUAAUUUUCCGUAAACCCAUUC